AUGGAGCUGGAACUUAUUCCGACGCAGACGGUUGACGUGACUUUCCUACCUGGGUUCAAGUCCACGGGUGAUAAGUACAAGGAUUCGGUGCGGAUCCUGGAAGAGUGGAAUGGGAAGCUCCGCGAGGUGGCUAGGGAGUGGAGCCAUGGCACUGUCUAUGAUUUUGAUAGCAAUGCUUUUAUAAUAGACCGCAUUCGUGACUGGCAACUUCAUGCGGCGGGUAUUGAGGAGGAUAAUGAUCUAGGGAAGAACUUGGACCUUGGGUGGGAGAAUGUCGUGGAGCCUUGUGUUGAAGGUGGAUUCCAGGUCAUGAUGUCAAAGGAUAAGAAACAGACGAAAUGCAUUUGGGUUUCUCAGCUCACCGGCUCUCAUGGCGGAAAUCAAUCUACCAUGGGAUUGAUUCUGUUGAAUCCGAAGGGAGCGCCAUGGAAGCGCCACAACCGACGGGGGUUUGCAGCUUAG